AUUAGCCAUCAGCCAUACACAACUCUCAGCUGACGGAGGCUGCUGUGGUGGUGCUUGCUGCACAGCGCGCACCUUUGUUGUGGGGGACGAUGUUUGUGCGUCCAUGCAAAGUUUAGCCACUAACCUCAACACUAUCAGCAAGGGAGUGAAGUACGGCGUCGGCGGACUCAUGAAUCUAGCCGCGGAAGGGGGUGAACACACCCCAUACAUUGCGUACGUGAAUUUCAACCAAGACGGCACGUCACUCUCGGUUGGGACACAGUCGGGAUACAAGUUUUUCUCUCUGACAAAUGUGGACAAGCUCGAGCAGAUAUACGAAAAUGACGAGGAAGGCAUGGCCCUGGUCGAGCGCCUCUUUCUCUCCAGCCUGGUGUCUCUCGUCAGCGCUGGGUCGCUGCGCAAGCUCAAGAUGUGCCACUUCAAGAAGGAGUCCGAGAUCUGCAACUACUCCUACAGCAACAGCAUACUGGCCGUGCGGCUCAACCGAGCGCGCCUCGUUGUGUGCCUCGAGGAGAGCCUCUACAUACACAACAUUCGGGACAUGAAGGACGGGAAAUGGUCGCAGGUCCUGCACACGAUCCGGGAGACUCCUCCCAACACGAAAGGCCUGUGCGCCCUGUCGCCCUCGAGUGACAACUGCUACCUGGCCUACCCGGGCUCGGACAACUUCGGCGAGGUCCAGAUCUUCGACGCACUCAACCUGCAAGCCAAGGUGAUGAUCCCUGCCCACAACAGUGCACUGGCCGCCCUCGCGUUCAACUCUACGGGUACGCUGAUCGCCACAGCUUCCACGAAGGGCACGGUCAUAAGAGUUUUCUGCGUUUCUGACGGACAGAAGCUGUACGAAUUCAGGAGAGGCAUGAAGCGGUGUGCCGACAUCUAUUCAUUGGCGUUCAGCGCCGACUCGCUAUUCCUGUGUGCAUCGAGCAACUUUGAGACGGUGCACAUCUUCAAGCUCGAGGACCCGAAGGAGGCCAACAAGGUGGCCGAGGAGCCCGGCACCUGGAUGGGUUACCUGGGCAAGGCCCUCAUGCAGAGUGCCUCGUACCUGCCCACGCAGGUGACCGACGUGUUCAACCAGGGCCGGUCGUUCGCCACGGUCCACCUCCCCUUCAGCGGGGUGCGCACGGUGUGCUGCCUCAGCACAAUUCAGAAAAUACCCAGGGUACUGGUGGCAACCAAGGACGGCUACUUGUAUGUCUACAACUUGGAUCCUGUCGAGGGUGGCGACUGUACCUUGUACAAACAGCACAGGAUGUAGUAGAACAGUGCGGCUGUGAUGCCGUCCUGCAUGAGAAGCCGGUUAAACGAGUACCUGCAAUCCGAGCUUGAUACCACGAGUUACCACGCGGCCUUGCAGGACACAUCACUGGAAGACAUCCCAAGAAAAUUUUUUUGGAUGCCCUGGGGACAGUCUUGCAAUGGCAGAACUGGUCAGCCUGUCUAAGUUGGACCUAGAUUUAUGUAAAUAAAUGUAAAAUUGUUUGAACAUUUUAUUCAAGGUCCACGCACAAGACAGUCAAGUUUAUUGUGUCUGGAGUUUUGCACUUGUGGACUUAACACCUACAGGGCAGGGUUUGCUGCCAGCAAAUGGGAUCUGGAUACCCUGUUUUCAAGCCACAGUUGACUUUUCGUGUCACCUGCCAGUGAACAAGUGCAUGCAAAGUGCAGGAAUGAAGUGCCAGCUUGCCAAAUUGUGUGGCAUUCCAACAUGUGCCCGAUGUCUGCUGGGACUCGUCGGUGCCAGCAAAACUUCACAUUCCUCUUCGAAGAUCACCAUGAUAUUCGGGCCAUUUUUGAUUGAAUAUCAAGGUUAUAAGGCUGACAUUAUUUUUAGGAAAGGACCUUGAAAGCCUUGCAAGUUUGUGGAGGGCUCAGUGCUAUCAGCAGCUGCAAAAAUUGUCAGCCUCUUGGGAAACAUUGACUUCGAGGAUGAAAAAAAACAAACAUGCUCCCCUUGAAGAAAUGAACAUUAGCUAGCCAUGCAAAAGACAAGGCUGCAGAAGUGCAAAAGAUGUGCUGCCAUUUAUAAGGGAGUACCAAGUUUCUGAUGGUGACCACCAAGGCACCCUUUGGCGAGGCUUGUGUGGAUUGCGGUCGGCGGCGAUCAAGGUCUGACACGUGCCUCAUGACGGAUGCCCUCUUUGCUGCAAACUAGUUGUGCAAGCAUCAUUGGGAUUCUCCAGUCAAUGAAUGCACAGAACUUCUGCAGGAAGCAAAGCACAGCCUUCGAUUGUUCAAGAGGCAUUCCAACGGUUUGGAUUGUGCUUCAUGUUCAAACCUCUGGGGAGUACUACAGAGUCAAGCUGAAUUCGCAGAGGGCGAACAUAACCUUGCCGAAGCUGCAAAAACUACGCAUGUCGUGUCCGGCCCUACCAGAUUGGCACCUGUCGUGUCUCGUGCUGCAACACUUCACAUUACGUAGAUGUCAACUACAGUUUAGUCUGCCGAAUUUUUUAACUUCUGAUCGUACAUUUUACGGGUUAGUACAUUCUUUCGUGCAUUUUUUCAAAACAUACGAACGAGGUUCUACUGCAUCUUGGAAUCAAACAACCUCAGAAAGUCUGCAAGAGAGCAAAUGACAGGAACUUCAAGACGUUCAAUGACGGCAAAAAUACUGCAGGAAGUUUGUGAUGUACAUUGCAGCAGACUGCUACAAAGCAGACUCAAUUGCAGGCUCUCAAACAGAAAAAGGGGGAAAUAAGUGCAAUUGCCUAUAUAUUGAUACCAAACUAAGCCUGUAAAAGUGCAAAGAAAUUGAAAUACAUUCAGUGUGCAAGUUCCUAGCAUUUCAUGACAUUGUAUGCCCUACUUCCCUUUCAUUUUCAAUAAAGAUGAGCUUGUUUUGAAGA